CUGCGUGCAUCUGCCCCUAAGACACCCCAAAGGGCCUAUGUCGUUGGCGACACGUGACCUAGAUGCGAAAGUGUGGCCUCGAUUUUUCCGGGCUCGCUUACCCAUCGCCCCACAUCGCCCACACAGAGUCAGCCCCGACUCUGCUCUCACACUUCGCCUUUCAGAAAAAUUGGCCUCCUGUCACCCCUCUCGAAAUUUCAACACCCUCGACUCCCCCGGUAGGUACGACCAUCGACUAGGACAGCAUUCAAGAUGGUCAAUCUGCGAACUCAGAAGCGCCUUGCCGCGUCGGUCAUCGGCUGCGGUGAGCGCAAGAUCUGGCUCGACCCCAACGAGGUCAACGAGAUCUCCAACGCCAACUCUCGCCAGACCAUCCGCAAGCUCGUCGCCGAUGGCCUCAUCAUCCGCAAGCCCGUCACCAUGCACUCGCGGUCCCGUGCCCGUGAGCUGAACCUGGCCCGCCGCAUCGGUCGCCACCGUGGCUUCGGUAAGCGCAAGGGUACCGCUGAGGCCCGUAUGCCCAGCCAGGUCCUCUGGAUGCGCCGCCUCCGUGUCCUUCGCCGUCUGCUGGUGAAGUACCGUGCUUCCGGCAAGAUCGACAAGCACCUUUACCACGAGCUUUACCACUCCAGCAAGGGUAACGCCUUCAAGCACAAGCGUGCUCUCGUUGAGCACAUUCACCGUGCCAAGGCCGAGAAGGCCCGCGAGAAGGCCCUCAAGGACGAGAUGGACGCCAAGCGCGCGAAGACCAAGGCUGCCCGCGAGCGCAAGGUGGAGAGACAGACGGCGAAGAGAAACGCUUUGUUGGGCGAGGGCGAGGAGGAGGCCAAAUAGAUGAUCACGAUCGAUCUCGGUCCUUAGGCGGCUGCAUUCGGAGUCAUCGGGUUGGGUCUUCUUUUUUUACGUCCUACUGUCCCUAUUGUCGCAGCAGG